AUGUCUGCCGUUUCCACUGUUACUCCUGUCUCUGUCCUGCCUACUCAUUCGCAACGCUACACGUGUUUGGCUUGUCAAGUCGCUUUUGAAACUGCUGGGAACCAGAGAAGUCACUAUGGCACUGACUGGCAUCGUUACAAUUUAAAAAGAAAAGUCGCCGAGUUACCUCCCGUCACGUAUAGUGCGUUCGAACAAAAGGUUCUAGCUCAACAAGCCCUCAGUAAGAAUGCAGCCGAAGAGAUCAGUUUCUCUGCUGAAUGUUCUGCUUGCGGCAAAACUUAUUAUUCAAAAAACGCAUACGCGAAUCAUUUGCAAUCUAAUAAGCACAAGGUUUCUGAAGUCAAAGCUACUCAAGAGGGCAAAUUACAAAAGAAGAAACUCCCAACAAUCUUACACAAAGAUGGAGACACUCUGCGGAAAGAGGAGACGCAACAAAGCAUUGAAGAGAUCGAUAAAGGUCAUUGCAAGAUAGCUUAUGAUAGAGACGAGGAUGUGAUGGAGAUUGUAGAUUUUUAUGACUUUACUUCAAGCUAUCCGGUUGAGGGAAGCGAAGAAGGAUGGGAACACGUCGAUGAUGAGGAAUGGGAGGAUGUUGAAGAUGAUGUAGACAGUAGUGUGGGCAAAAGUGAACACCCCAUGAGUGGUUUAAUAUAUGAAGAUGACACGGAACUAGUGUUACCCUCUGGAGCCCGCAUUGGACAUCGUUCGCUAUGGAAAUAUUACAAACAAAGCCUGCGGCCUGAAGAGGAACGCGAUUCUGUCAUCAUUAACCGUCUCAUCACUCAAUAUGGGGAAAGUUUUGGUUACACUCGAAAUUCUGGAGGUGUCCUUGCCACCAAAGGCAGUCAAGUCAAGCGAUCUCGCGCCACGAUUUUCCAAGAGAAACAUCGUCAACAAGAAUUCGAUUUGCGUGUCGGCGUGAAGGCCAAUAAGUUACAACGUCAUUAUAGGGCCCAAAUAUUGUAA